GCAUGCCCCGCGCCGCGGGAGGUGGUGCUAUGCAAACGCGGCCGGCGGCGGCGGCUCCGGCGCUGCUGGGCGUGCGGUGAUCGCCCGGCGGGACAUGAGCAGGCCGGUAGCCCGUUGUCGCCGCCGCUAGUCCGCCGCCACCACGAUGGCCUCUAUGCUGCUGCAGACCUGCGGACGGCGCGCCUGCCGCCUGCCCCGAGCCCUGCGCCGACAGCCUCAGCUGGGUAACUUGGCAGAUCGGGCAUGUCUUAGCUGUACAUCCCUGAGACUGGCAAACAAAAUGACUGUACACUUUAAAUAUUGCACUAGCGCCUCUCCUGUUUAUGCAUACUCCAGAAAAGAUCACUACUGUUGUUGGACUAAAGGAUCUGAACAAAUAUACUUGAGUUCCUCUGGCUCAUGGACGCCACUAGCAACCAGGGGUGUUUUAGGUCCCCAGUAUCUUCCAGUUAGAUGGUGGCAUUCUUCACGUCCCCUUCAAGAUGACUCCAUAGUUGAAAAGUCACUGAAGUCCUUAAAGGACAAAAACAAGAAGUUGGAAGAAGGAGGUCCUGUAUAUAGUCCAACAGAAGUGGAAGUUGUGAAAAAAUCUCUUGGACAGAGGAUUGUGGAUGAACUGAAGCACUAUUACCAUGGUUUUCGAUUACUGUGGAUUGACACAAAGAUAGCUGCGAGAAUGCUCUGGCGAAUACUUCAUGGAAAUACUUUGUCUCGUCGAGAACGGAGACAGUUUCUUCGAAUAUGUGCUGAUCUUUUCCGCUUGGUCCCUUUCCUAGUUUUUAUUGUUGUCCCGUUUAUGGAAUUUUUGCUUCCAGUAGCUCUUAAGUUGUUCCCUAAUAUGCUUCCUUCAACAUUUGAGACAAAGUCUAAAAAGGAGGAAAGAUUGAAGAAAGAAUUGAGAGUAAAGCUUGAAGUGGCUAAAUUCCUUCAAGACACAAUUGAGGAGAUGGCCUUAAAAAAUAAAGCAGCCAAAGGAAAUGUUACAAAAGAUUUUUCAACAUUCUUUCAAAAGAUCAGGGAAACUGGUGAAAGACCCAGUAAUGAGGAGAUCUUAAGGUUCUCGAAACUGUUUGAAGAUGAGUUGACUCUGGACAAUCUGACCAGGCCUCAGUUGGUGGCGCUUUGUAAAUUGUUGGAACUUCAGUCAAUUGGGACAAAUAACUUUCUCCGCUUCCAGCUGACCAUGAGGUUAAGAAGCAUAAAAGCCGAUGACAAACUGAUUGCUGAAGAAGGCGUUGAUAGCCUGACUGUUAAAGAACUGCAGGCAGCUUGUCGUGCCCGAGGUAUGAGAGCUCUUGGUGUGACAGAGGAGCGUCUUAAGGAACAGCUUAAACAGUGGCUAGAUCUGCACCUGAACCAGGAAAUCCCUACUUCGUUGCUUAUUUUAUCCAGAGCUAUGUAUCUUCCAGAUACUCUUUCUCCAGCUGAUCAGCUCAAAACAACACUUCAGACUCUACCAGAGAGUGUUGCCAAAGAGGCUCAGGUCAAAGUGGCAGAAGUUGAAGGUGAAAAAGUAGAUAACAAAGCACGGCUGGAAGCAACACUUCAGGAAGAAGAAGCCAUCAGAAAGGAAAAUGAAGAAAAGGAAAUGGAAAGAAUAUCUGAAGCUGCAGAGAAAGCCAAAGAAACCCUUCAAGUUGCAGCUAUGAAAGAGGUGGAAUCGGCAGUAGAUCUUGAAGCAGCUGCUUUGCAAGCUAAAAAAAGUCAGAUGGCCGUGGAUGCUGAACAGGAGCUGGCACAAGCAGAUGUGACAGUGCACUCGGAGACACUGAAAGAUACAGCCCCAGUAUUGGAAGGCAUUAAGGGUGAGGAAAUCACUAAGGAGGAGAUUGACAUGCUGAGUGAUGCUUGCACCAAGCUGCAGGAACAGAAAAAAUCACUAACAAAGGAAAAGGAGGAGCUUGAGGAAUUGAAGGGCGAUGUCCAGGAGUAUAAUGAGGAUUUGCAAGAGAUAAAAGAGCUCUCUAAAACUGGCCAGGAAGAGGUAGUGGAAGAGUCAAAGGCAAGCAAGCGAUUGACCAAGAGGGUGAACCGAAUGAUUGGUCAGAUAGACAAAAUUAUUAAUGAAUUAGAGACAAGUCAGAAGACGAUGGAUGUAAAGCUGGAGGGUGUUGAUAGUCCUCCUGCUGGAUUGUGCUUCCUCUUCAGGGAGAAUCUCAUCAGUAUUGCUGAGCUAAUUAAUGCGAUGAAACAAAUUCAGAAGAUUCCAGAGGAGAAGCUAACUAGGAUUGCAGAGGCACUAGAUGAAAACAAGGAUGGCAAAAUUGAUAUUGAUAAUGUUGUUAAGGUAGUGGAAUUGAUUGACAAAGAAGAUAUUGAUAUCGGCACCAGUCAGGUUGCUGAGAUUAUGGCACUGCUUCAAAAAGAAGAAAAACUGGAAGAAAAAGAGAAAGCAAAGGAAAAGCAUGAUAAAGAAGCUGCAGAAGCAAAGAAUUAAGCUUCAGAAUCUGAAGCUAAUCUGAGUUGUAACCAAAAUCUUGUAUAUGUGUCUGUGUCUAAUGGCUAUGUAUUACUUGAGCUUUUGUGAUUAUGGGAUUUGUUCUGAGCUGAUUCUAGUAAUAAAUCCUAGAUAUGUUUUCUGACAUAUGGAAUGAAAUUUCUGUUCAUCAAAGAAGCGAUUUACUGUCAUUCCGUAUGGAUGAAAACGAAAGAUGCUUC